UUCUGCUUUGUUGCAUUCUCCGCGCAGAGUCUUUGGUUGAGUAUGACUAGGAUACUGAGAAGAGACAUGAAGUUUCACCAUUUCCAGUAAGAAAUCUGAGGCUGAAAUUAAGAACUUCAUCAUGGGAGCACAGAAUUCCAAGCCUGUACACAAGAAGCAAUCACGGGUGGUGAUGAUGGGACUUGAUUUUUCUGGAAAAUCCACUAUUUUAUAUAGACUUAAACUAAAUCAGACAGUAGAGACCUUACCAACGGUUGGGUUCAACGUGGAAUCCCUAGAAGUGGCUAAAAAUGUUUUCAUCACUGUAUGGGAUGUAGGAGGUCAAGCCAAGCUGCGUCCUAACUGGAAAGAGUACCUGGAAGACACGGACGCCCUCAUCUAUGUGGUGGACAGCUGUGAUAAGUCCAGGAUUCCAGACGCCACAACAGAAUUGCUGACUGUGUUGAACAAUGUUAAUAUGGCUGGCGUUCCUUUCUUGGUUUUGGCCAACAAACAGGAUGUACCCGAUGCCCUGUCCACUGAGGAGCUUGUGGACAGGCUUAAACUGGAAAAUUAUGACGAUCGACCCUGGGGAGUACAAGGCUGUAGUGCAUACACUGGAGAAGGCUUGAUCGAGGCAGUUAAUGCAGUUUUACGUCUUUUAAAAAAAACUCGUGACCUAUGAGUGCCUAUGGAUUCUGUUCCAGGAUUGUAUGAAAUUGGCUUUC